GGUCAGAGUGUCUGUGAGGUUGGCCUCUGCAGACACAGCCCUGAGGUUCCAGGACCCAGAUGUGGGUGGAAGUCCUUCAGGAGGCCCUGAGUACCCUCCCUGAGCCAUGGACACCUGCGAGGGACCACCCAUUGUGUCCUUGGUACCCACGUAUUCCAAGGUACUGCUGUGUGCCCUGUGGAAGCCAUGAAGAAGACAAGGACUCAGCUGACAGUCACUAAAUGGAAAGGGCUGGGUGGAGCUCCACCCCUGGAACUUCCUCUUUCUCUGCCCUCUUCCUCUGUGCCUCCUUCUCUCAGUCUCUCUCUUUCUCCGACCAUUAUCCCCCUGGUCCCCUGUGGCCAACACCUCUUCUGUCUGGGUUCCUCAAGCUGGUCGCUCCCCAUCUAGGAGAAGAUGUCAGCCCAGGAGAGUUGCCUCAGCCUCAUCAAGUACUUCCUCUUCGUUUUCAACCUCUUCUUCUUUGUACUAGGCAGCCUGUUUUUCUGCUUUGGCAUCUGGGUCCUCAUUGACAAGACCAGCUUUGCGUUCUUUAUAGGCUUGUCCUUCAUGCCACUGCAGACCUGGGCCAAGGUCCUGGCUGUCUCCGGUGUCCUCACCAUGACCCUAGCCCUCCUGGGUUGUUUGGGUGCUCUGAAGGAACUGCGCUGUCUUCUGGGCCUGUACUUUGGAAUGCUGCUGCUCCUGUUUGCCACACAGAUCACCAUGGGGAUCCUCAUCUACACUCAGCGGACCCGGCUGGAACGAAAGGUGCAAGAGCUGGUGUUGCAGACGAUCCAAGGUUAUGGUGCCAACCUGGGUGAUACAGCGGCUGAAGAGAACUGGGAUUACACGCAGUUCCAGCUGCGCUGCUGCGGCUGGCACUCUCCCCGGGACUGGAUCAGCGCCCGAAUGCUGAAAGGAAACGAGUCUGAGGGGCCCUUGGUGCCCUGCUCCUGCUACAACUCCACGGCGACCAAUGACUCCUCAAGCUAUGAUAAGCUCCUCUCCCAGCGCAUGGGGACCGCUGACCUAUGCACUCUUCCCGCAAAAGCUCCCUACUACCGCGAGGGCUGCGCGCAGAGCCUCCGGAAGUGGCUGCACAACAAUCUCAUCUCCAUAAUGGCUAUCUGCCUGGGAGCUGGUCUUCUUGAGCUCAGCUUCAUGACGCUCUCAAUAUUCCUGUGUAGAAAUCUGGACCACGUGUAUGACCGGCUGGCCCGGUACCGCUAGGCCUGGCCCGUCGCAUCGGCGCCCACGCACCUCCACGCAGCCAGGAAAUGUUUCCUUCCUGGCUGGUCUUAGGGCUAGUGCCUUGGGAUUCAAUCCCUGGGGAUCCAAGUGUCUGCCCUUACCGACAGUCAUCACUUCCCCCACGGGGCCAGGGCCUUCCUUCUGUCCCCAGCUUCCUUCCCCAUCCCCUCCUCUCCACACCAUCUGUCUGCCACCUCCCACACGAUACCUCAAAUAAAUACCCUUCGUUUUGGUAAAAA